CAUGAACAGUCGUCAAAUACUUUACAUAGUGGAACUGUUUGGAACAUUCGCGUGCACUUGGCCAUCUGAUCCGAAUAGUAGUAAGAAACAAAUUAUUUUUCGCAAUGUACGAUGGUUGUUCGCGAUGUUGAAUUUGACUUUAUUGAUGAUAUCCUUGACACUUGCUAUAUAUUACUUUCGACGUGAUGUAUUUAUAUUAAUGAAAAGUAUCUCUGAGAUGACUUCUGUGAUCGAGGCAAUCCUCGAUUUAAUUCUUUGUCGACUGAAUAACGACCAACUGCAGGUCCUCGUAGGAAAAGUGAAAACGUUUAUAGAAGUGGCCAAUGAACAUGAAAUUAAAGCAAUGGAAAGAUACAUGGAUCGUUACAAACAAUUUCUUUCAAUAACCGCAUCGGCGAUUAUCAUAUGUACGAUCUUGUUCAGUUUAACGCCUUUCCUUUCCGCCCAAGAAUUACCACUGGAUGGAUGGCUUCCAUUUUCCAUCGAAUCGCCUGGAAUAUAUUGCAUAAUCUACAUUAAUCACGUUUACUGUAUUUAUCUAAUGGCAUUCUGCAUCAGUAUAGACUUCAUGAUCGUCAUUCUGUUCAGUUACUCUGCGGCCAAAUUAAACAUAUUAAAAGAGAAACUUCGACACGUGAACGAUUUCGAUGUACUGGUAAGCUGUAUCAAGGAACACCAAGAAAUAAUAGAAUUUGUGGAGGACACUAAUACUACUAUUGAGACUUUAUUAUUCAAAACGAACGCCACGAUGGGAAGCGCAGUGAUAUGCGCGGGUUUCCCCUUGAUUUAUAAUCAAUCAAUGACCGUAAUGGGCAAGUUUAUUCUUUUGAUGAUAUCUGGCUGCAUCCGCAUAUACAUCAACGCCUGGCCAGCAAAUGAUUUACAAGAAUGUAGUGUACAGUUCUCACAAUCAAUGAUUGGUGUCCAGUGGGUAGGAAAGCCAAAAAAAAUGAAAAGUACUUUGAUUAUCAUGAUGCAGAGAAGUCAGAAACCAUUCGUCAUUAAAAUAGGUGGUCUGCUACCGUCUCUUACUUUGGAAUAUUUCGCAAACUUCAUAACUACAAUAUCGUCCUACUUCAUGGCAAUGAGAACUGUGAUCGAAUCGUAAUUGUCCUAAAACAUGUAUACAUUAAAAUACUUAAUAAAUUUAUUGUUUGAAGUUGAGAUUCGUUUAAUA